CGAAUCCCAAAAGGAUUCAGUUUCCUUCUUUUAUCCAACUUCAUUCUCUUGUGGCCAACACAUGUAUAUAGACAAAGGUAGCAGAAAAAGGAUGGAAGUAGAGCUCACACACUGUUCCAUCCCAUGAACUGGAAGAGCAAUCAAUCAUAUUCUUGAAGAUGUUUUCUCUUUCAGAUGUCCCCUCCACAACUGCAAUCCUAUCAGCUUACACAGCUUUCACGGCGUCCGCCGUGCUGGUCCGGACAGUUCUGAGCGAGCUCAAGGCCAUGGCGGACCAGCUCCUGCCGGGGGACGUCCUGGAAAAGCUCGUCUCGAAGCUCGGGGGCUUCUUCUCCUUCUUCAUCUCCAGGACGACGACUCUGGUCAUCGAGGAAAACAACGGCCUGGUCCGGAACGAAAUCUUCGAAGCCUCGGAAGUUUACCUGAGGACGAAGCUCAGCCCGUCCGCGGACAGGGUAAAGAUCUGCAAGGCGGCGCGUGAGAAGAGCCUCUCGUUCAUCAUCACCAGAGACGAGAAGAUAAUUGAUAAAUUCGAAGGGGCCGAGUUCGUGUGGGAGCUGAAACUCUGUUCCCCUACCUUCGAUCACAAGCGGGGGGACGAUCCGUACUACUUUCAAUCGGAGAACAAUCCGGAACGCAGAUCGUUCGAGCUCAGCUUCAACAAGAAAUUCGGAGAAAUCGCGUUCGGAUCGUACAUACCGUUCGUGCUGGAGAGAUUCAAGGCGAUGAAGGAGAAGAACAAGAGCGUGAAACUCGCGCUGCUGGGGAACUACGCGGACGGGAUCGAUCUCCACCAUCCGUCGACCUUCGAAACCCUAGCGAUGGAUCCGGCGAUGAAGAAGGAGCUGAUCGAGGACCUGGAGAGGUUCGUCGGGCGGAGAGACUACUACCGGAAGGUCGGGAAGGCGUGGAAGAGGGGAUACCUGCUGUACGGGCCGCCGGGAACGGGGAAAUCGAGCCUCAUCGCCGCCAUGGCCAACUACUUGAAGUUCGACAUCUAUGAACUGGAUCUGUCGAACCUGCGCAGCAAUGCGGACCUCCAGGAGCUUCUCCCCACGACCAGGAACAGAUCGAUUCUCGUGAUUGAAGAUGUGGAUUGCGGCAUUGAUUUGCAGAACAGAAGCGCUGCAGAAAGGACUCGCAAUCUCUUCGAUCCAAAUCCUACUCAGUUAACGUUGUCUGGUAUAUUGAACUUCAUUGAUGGACUAUGGUCGUGUUGCGGAGACGAACGGAUCAUCGUUUUCACAACCAAUUAUAAGGACCGAUUAGACCCGGCGCUCCUUCGACCGGGGAGAAUGGACGUGCACAUCCACAUGUCCUAUUGCACGCCAUCCGCGUUCCGAGUUCUGGCAUCAAACUACCACAACCUUAAAGACCACGUCAAGUUCUCCGAGAUCGACAAGCUCCUAAAUGAGGUGAACGCGACGCCUGCAGAGAUUGCUGAAGAGCUGAUGAAGAGCGGGCACGCAGACGCCGCCCUCGAAGGGGUCAUCAAGUUUUUGCACAAGAAGAAAAGUGCAAGUGAAGAAGAGGUUGUGAAGGUGGAAGUGGUUGCAAGCAAUAAUAAGCAAGUGGAAGAAGAGGAUAGUUAUAUAGUGAGAAGGAUGAAGAGGAAGCUCAAAAAGAAGGGAAAUAUGGUGUGUAGCACAUUCAACCGGUCAUGAUCAUUGUCAUGAUCUGUUCAUUUAGGUUUGAGUGUGUGAUGUUUGAUUUGUCUCUUGUUAUCCUAGAAUAUAAUGGAAUGGCUAGCUCCUCUAAGCCAAUUUUAUGCACAAAAAUAUUAUUAUGAUGGACUCAUUGUUUUCAAAAAAAUACCCAACUAGAGUUCAAACAUAUUUUAUAUAUCAAAAUAAAUUUUUUAAUUAUUU